AUGGAAUUCGAGUUUCAACUGCUCCGUCUCGACUUGCCGCCGCCGCAGCUGCUCGCCGGCAGCCGCUGGAGAGACUCGAAAAAUGGAGAAGAGGGAAUAGAAUUCAAGAAAAAGAAGGAGAAGGAAUACUGGUCUCUCGACUGA